AUGGGUCUGAUCUUAUCGAGAUUUCGCCGUAAGAAAACAACAAUAGAAAUAUUAGAAAAUUUAGAAACGAAGAUUAAAUGUAUCGAAGAAGAUGGCCAGUAUAAAGAACAAGCGCACAAACGUGUUAUUGGCUAUGUAAUGGCGUAUUCAGUCGGUCUAUACGUUUUGUUCGCCGUGCUCUAUUAUUAUAUGUAUGUGGGUAGAAGUCAAUACUGGCUCCACUCACUGUUAUACGCCUCGCCGUUGUUAUUCAUACCUGUUCUCGUAAUAUUACUUCGUUACUCAAUAUCGUGGUACUACAAUUGGACACUAAAUAAGAAUAGAGUGAAGUUAAUCAAAAUGAAACAGGAGAAGAAGAAGAUUCUAGAAGAUGUAAUGAAUACAGAAACUUAUAAGGUUGCAAAAGAAAUUUUAGACAAAUAUGGAGGCCAAGAAGAGCAGUCAAAAGCGAUGAAACCGUUCUCCCCUCUAACAGCUCCCGGGACGCCGAAACCACUUCCAGUUGUAGGAACCCCAGUACAAUAUCGCCCGAGGUUGGCAACGUCGACACCUACAUCGAAUAAUAAUCUCAACAUAGUCCCCUUCAAUACUCCGACUUCGGCUGUAUACAGAGGACCAAGAUUGCGGUCGGAUCAACUUCCGCGCCCGUUGGUGGAUAGAAACCGCUCUGCCUUAGACAAAGUGGUCGACUUUCUGCUCAAAGACGGUCCCGACCAUCGCAUGGCGCUCAUAUGUUCAGUAUGCCAAUCUCAUAAUGGUAUGGCGAUGGCAGAAGAGUUCGAGUACGUUUCAUACGUGUGCGCGUACUGCGGCCGUCUGAAUGCCGCAAGGAAGAAGCGCCCUAUCGCCCCCUUGCUAGAGACACGUGCUCUCCCCCCACCCCUCAUCAAGGAUGUUAGCGGAGAUGAGUCUUCCAAAGCCAGUUCUGAAAGUGACAGCGAAGAUGAUAACAUUACUACUAAUACAGAUGGUCAUCUGAACGCGGGUGAAGCCUUGUUUGCGGUUGAUACCACCGGGUAUGGCGAACCGGAUCGUCCCCCCUCCCCAAUGGAGGUGGAAACGAAAUCCGAACACGAGAAAAAAGAAGAC